AGGAGGCACCUGUACAGCAAGAGCAAGAGCAAGGGAGCAGACGGUUUCAGGAGCAGACGAAAACACCUCAGUCUCCCCUUUUCUUCGCCCCCCCAGCAAGGCACCAACAGCCCCACACGCCCUCCCGCGCCCCUCACGACCCAGCCACGCCCAUCUGACCUGACCUGACGUGCGUGCAAGGCCAGGGGAUGAGUGACUCAGCAGGAACAGACCACCAGCAGCAGGACAACACAGAGGAGGAGGCGAUGAGGGGUGCACGGAAGAGUGUGCUGAUGCGCUUCACCUUCGUUAGGCACGGCGAGACGCUGGCCAACAAGAACCGGUGCAUACAGGGCCAUGCAGACAUACCGCUGUGUGAGAACGGGGAGCAGCAGGCCACCAGGGCUGGGGAGCGACUGAGGGAUGUGCGCUUCACCCGUGUGUACGCCAGCGACCUGUGCCGGGCCGCCCACACCUGUCAGCUGAUCGUGGCCCAGAACACCCGCCAUCCACCACCCAUCAUCAUCGACAAACGGCUCAGGGAGAGGAAUUUUGGCAGCGUCGAGGGCAUGUCUUUUGAUGAGGUGCUGAAGAUGGCUGAGGCAAUCGGCUCGUCCUGGCCCCACUACAACCCACCCGGCGCUGAGACUGUGGGGGACCUGCAGGCUAGACUUGUGGCUUUCUUCAAGGAGGUGUGUCAGUCCAUCUAUGACAAGACGAACUACAAAAUGAGCAAGAGCAAGGCAUCGAAAGACUCCCAGAAGGCAGCGCAAGAACUAACCCCCAACGGAACACAGAACCAGGAGAACGAGGAGAAGGAGGCGGAGGUGGAGGAGGAGAACUUACGGAACGAAGCCAAGGAGAGGGAGGAGGAGGAGCGGAGACGGCAGGAAACGGAGGCGAGGAGAGCAGUCGAGGGCGAAGGGGAAACCAACACAACAAAGGACGAAGACGACAAUGGCAAAGAUGAGGAGGGGGAUGACGAGGGUGAGCAUGUGCUGGUGGUGAGUCACGGGGCGGCCCUUCGUCAGCUCUACACCCAUCUACAUCGCACACUGGCCUGCCCCCUCCCCCCCAAUGCAGGCCCCGACGACCCCGUGACGCGCCUCUCCCCAAACACUGCCGUUUCUCAAUACACUGUGAGGUACUCACCGAAGUCGUACAUAAUGCAGUGCCUGUGUAUACACGACAACCGCCACAAUGAGGGCAUGUAGGCAGCUGUGUGUGUGUGUGUUUGAAAAGCGCGCAGACACCAAGCAAGGAACCUGAAGAAGAAAACACACUUGGAUGAUGCUUUUGUAGAUGUGUGUGUGUGUGUGUAAGAGAGAGAGAGAGAGAUCCUGUCACAGUUAUGUUUAUUAGGUAAUUUUUUCCCUCUAUUUUCUUUUCUUUUCCGUUUGUCACUUCCUUAUUUUAUGUAUCGUCUUUGAGUGUGAGAGAGAGAGAGAGAGAGAGAGAGAGAGAGAGAGAGAGAGAGAGAGAGAGAGAGAGAGAGAGAGAGA